AUGACCAACGGGUAUCCUCGCAACUUCAUCGAACGUGGCAGACAGGCUGGACCGAGCCGACGUUUAGUGACAGAACAACCAACAAUAUGGCGGGCGCUUCCAUACAUCGACGGCGUUUCUGAGGCCGUCUCGCGUCUCUUAAGACCGCUGGGGAUCGGCAUCGCCCACCGACCGGAGUCAACAAUUCGACACCUGGUCAUAAGACCUAAGGCCCCUCUGCCACUAGGUGAAACCACGAAUGUCAUCUACCGGAUCCGAUGUAACUCCUGCGAAGUCAACUACAUUGGAGAGACCGGCAAACGGCUACAGACUCGUGUUAGAGAACACAUGAGGGCAGUAAGGCGAAUGGACCCUUUGUCUCUGGUGGCCGAACACUGCGCCGAUGCCGGACACACGUUCGCCUUUCAGCAUGCCGAAAUUCUGGGCCGGGGAAACGAUCGCAUAGCCAAGGAAACAAUCGAGGCUUGGCACACGGGGACAACCUCUAUCAACCGCUGUGUGGCUCCUCCCGCUGCCUAUCAAGCCCUUCGAGCGCAGCUCAGUAAACAAAUGAGCAGACGUGCACCCAGGCUAAACAUUAAUCCAGACAUGAGCGAGUACAUGGCGUAUACACACUCAGCCACCCCUCAAUCGGGUUCCGACGAAGGCACAGUCCUCACCACAGCCGGUCCAUCUACUAGUCCGGCGGACGAGAAAACGGUCAGUCGUUGCGGCGAAAACAAGAUUGUCAGGCUUGGACGACAGCUACGCUCAAUGAAGGUACGAACGACGACCACCAACGUCUCAACGCCGGCCUCCGAUGUAGAUUGA